CCUGGGACGCCUCUUUUCCUUCUUGCAGAAGCUCCCUGGUGCCAGCCCAGGUGCCACACCACACCUUUUUAAGGCUCUAAAAUGCCAUAUAAAUUAAAAUAAGCAGGGGGGCGGUGCAGAAUCCGCCUGGGUACCGCUCACGCCGCUCUCCACUUGCAGGCGCAGGCGCUGGUCCAGUACCUGGAGGAGCCGCUCACGCAAGUGGCCGCAUCCUGAGCUCGGAGGUGCCACCACAGAAAAACUGUCACCAACACAGAUCAGGGGGUGGGCAGCCCCACGGGCAUCCCAGAGCUCGGGCCUGCUUAAAAAAUAAAGCGGGGGGAGCAAAAAACCAAGGGGGGGGAAUAAAAGUGUUUGAUGUUUGUGUCUUUUUGUGUCUCUCGUGAAUAAAAGGAGCUGGGGGGGGAAACACGUGCUGGGCCGGGCUGGGGGUGCUCGUAGCUCUGCCAUGGGUCGUCAGACCAGGGACGGACAGCCCAGGAGCUGUAAGGGGCUUGUGUCAAGGGGGAGCUGGGCCCCCCCUGCACCCCUGCACUGGGGUAGAGGGUGCUCCUUCCCUUCCCGUUUCCCCGGCUUUCACACGAUGGCAGCAGAGGCGAGGAAACGCGUUCGCAGGCGGUUGGCGCUGGGCUGAGCUGGGGGCUCAGCUGCUGGCCCGGCUGCCCACCCCGCCCUGGCCUGCCCCACGCCUGCGCCGGCCUCAGCAGCCAGGAUCGGGCCCCGGCUCCUCCUCCGGCCGCCCCGUGACGGUCCCAGGGGUGACACUACCUGCCCAACCUGCGCCGCGACACCCAGUCCCACCCCUUGAGUCAACCGGCCGCGCUCCGCCGCCAACCCGGCCGGCCUUGCCCGUCGCUCCCCCAGACCCUGCUUGCUCCCCCAAAGCCCGCUCGCUGCCCAGCAGAAAGGAAACUUUGCCCCUUCCAUCUCCUCCCUCGGUGCCUCUGGCGGCCCGACCCGCCCUGCACCGUCCGCUCGAGGCUUUGCAGCGGGAAGGAGGAAACCAAGCGGCGGCGGCGCUGGCAAGGGCAGGCGGCAGCUGGGGCGACAUGGGCAGCGCCGAGGAGGAUUAUAACUUUGUCUUCAAGGUCGUCCUGAUCGGGGAAUCCGGGGUGGGCAAAACCAACCUGCUGUCCCGCUUCACCCGCAAUGAGUUCAACCACGACAGUCGCACCACCAUCGGCGUGGAGUUCUCCACCCGCACCAUCCUGGUGGGAGACGCCGUGGUGAAGGCUCAGAUCUGGGAUACGGCCGGGCUGGAGCGGUACCGCGCCAUCACCUCUGCGUAUUACCGGGGGGCUGUGGGUGCCCUGGUUGUCUUUGACAUCACCAAGCACCAGACGUACGAUGUGGUGGACCGCUGGCUGAAGGAGCUGUACGACCAUGCUGAGGCCAGCAUCGUCGUCAUGCUGGUGGGGAACAAAACCGACCUCGCGCAGGCUCGAGAGGUGCCCAUGGAGGAGGCGAAAAUGUUUGCAGACAACAACGGGCUGCUCUUUGUUGAGACCUCGGCGCUGGACUCCACCAACGUCGAGCAGGCAUUCGAGACCAUCCUGAAGGAAAUCUUCCACAAAGUGAAGAAGCAGAAGCAGAGGAGCAGCCAAGGCAACACGGUGACGCUGGCCAGCGAGAGCCCCGAGAGCACGGCCCUGGCGCAGCCGGAGAAGCGCCCAUGCUGCGUGGCCCUCUGAGCCAGCCCAGCACCCCAGGAAGCCCCCGGGAACCCCCCUGCAGCCCGGGGACUCGCCAGUGGCACGGAGCUGGCUCUGCCUCCACGCAGAUUCAUCUGGCCACCGGCACAGGCUGGUGUCACCCAGCCUGCGGUGCCACCCCUGUCUUGGUGCAGUGGGGACCAGCAGCCCGGACAGUGGCCAAAUUCUGCCAUAAACAGUGAGAAGCACCGGUGCUGGGAGCUCUUCUCUGUCUGCCUCGUUUAUGCCAGGCCCAGGUUAGCAUCACCACCAUCACACACAGACCUCCCAGCCCCUCCAGCCCCGCAGUGCAGAGGACUGAGAGCCCCCGAUGCUGGGGAAGGAGCCAGGAGGUUCUGGCCAGGAUGGUAACAGUGAUGGGACCCUCUCCGGUUGCGUCUGGCCCUGGGGUGGCUCCCGUGGGGCCACCCUGUGCCACGUGCUGGGGAUGUGACUGUCCCCACAGGCCUCCGUCCCCACAGGGGACUGCUCUGGGGUCGUCCCAAGCCCAAAGGAGCAAAGUGGCAGUGCUUGGCACACCCCUGUCCCCAUCCCAGGCGUGGGACAAGCGUGAUGGCAGGACCUAGCGAGGGUCCCACUCAUCUGCACGGGGCUUGGGUGCAGAGCCCGGUGCUGAGGGGCCCAGCGGCAGCUCCGUGUCCAGCACAACGGUGACGCAAUCAUUAAAGGACUUGCGAAAUGCA